CGCCUGUCCCACAAGCCAACUGGAUCUGCGGGCAUCGGGAAGUGAGGGCUGCCACUCGAGGAGGCGUGGCCUGACGUCCAGGGGGCGUGACCCGAGGCGAGCAGGAAGCGGGAGCCGGUCGCCGCACACGGAGGCGUUACUGGUCGCUCGGGGUCACGUGAGCGCGCAGGCGCAGCUCGACAGAGCCCGCUCCCUCACACAAAGCCCAGACGCGGAGAAAAUGGCGGCAGGGGUCGAAGCGGCAACCGAAGUGACGGCGACAGAGCCCAAAAUGGAGGAAGAGAGCGGCGCGCCCUGUGUGCCGAGUGGCAACGGAGCUCCGGGCCCCAAGGGUGAAGAACGACCUACUCAGAAUGAGAAGAGGAAGGAGAAAAACAUAAAAAGAGGAGGCAAUCGCUUUGAGCCAUAUGCCAACCCAACUAAAAGAUACAGAGCCUUCAUUACAAAUAUACCUUUUGAUGUGAAAUGGCAGUCACUUAAAGACCUGGUUAAAGAAAAAGUUGGUGAGGUAACAUACGUGGAGCUCUUAAUGGACGCUGAAGGAAAGUCAAGGGGAUGUGCUGUUGUUGAAUUCAAGAUGGAGGAGAGCAUGAAAAAAGCUGCUGAAGUUCUAAACAAGCAUAGUCUAAGUGGAAGGCCACUGAAAGUCAAGGAAGAUCCUGAUGGUGAACAUGCAAGGAGAGCAAUGCAAAAGGUGAUGGCUACGACUGGUGGGAUGGGUAUGGGACCAGGUGGCCCAGGAAUGAUUAAUAUCCCACCCAGUAUCCUAAAUAAUCCUAACAUCCCAAAUGAGAUUAUCCAUGCAUUACAGGCUGGAAGACUUGGAAGCACAGUAUUUGUAGCAAAUCUGGAUUAUAAAGUUGGCUGGAAGAAACUGAAGGAAGUAUUUAGUAUGGCUGGUGUGGUGGUCCGAGCAGACAUUCUGGAAGAUAAAGAUGGGAAAAGUCGUGGAAUAGGCACUGUGACUUUUGAACAGUCCAUUGAAGCUGUGCAAGCAAUAUCUAUGUUUAAUGGCCAGUUGCUGUUUGAUAGACCAAUGCACGUCAAGAUGGAUGAGAGGGCUUUACCAAAGGGAGACUUUUUCCCUCCUGAACGCCCACAGCAACUUCCCCAUGGACUUGGUGGUAUUGGCAUGGGAUUAGGACCUGGAGGGCAGCCUAUUGAUGCCAACCACCUGAACAAAGGCAUUGGAAUGGGAAACCUAGGACCUGCAGGAAUGGGAAUGGAAGGCAUAGGAUUUGGAAUAAAUAAAAUUGGAGGCAUGGAAGGACCCUUUGGUGGCGGUAUGGAAAACAUGGGGCGAUUUGGAUCUGGGAUGAACAUGGGCCGAAUAAAUGAAAUCCUAAGUAAUGCACUGAAGAGAGGAGAGAUCAUUGCAAAACAGGGAGGAGGUGGAGCUGGAGGCAGUGUCCCUGGGAUCGAGAGGAUGGGCCCUGGCAUUGACCGCAUUAGCGGUGCUGGCAUGGAGCGCAUGGGCGCAGGCUUAGGCCAUGGCAUGGAUCGAGUGGGCUCUGAGAUUGAGCGUAUGGGCCUGGUCAUGGACCGCAUGGGCUCAGUUGAGCGCAUGGGCUCUAGCAUCGAGCGCAUGGGCCCACUAGGCCUUGACCACAUGGCCUCCAGUAUUGAGCGCAUGGGCCAGACCAUGGAGCGCAUUGGUUCUGGUGUGGAGCGCAUGGGUGCCGGCAUGGGCUUCGGCCUGGAGCGCAUGGCCGCACCCAUUGACCGUGUGGGCCAAACCAUUGAGCGCAUGGGCUCUGGUGUAGAGCGCAUGGGUCCUGCCAUUGAACGCAUGGGCCUAAGCAUGGAUCGGAUGGUGCCCACAGGCAUGGGGGCUAGCCUGGAGCGCAUGGGUCCUGUGAUGGAUCGUAUGGCCACCGGCCUGGAGCGCAUGGGCGCCAACAACCUGGAGCGCAUGGGCCUGGAGCGUAUGGGAGCCAACAGUCUUGAGCGCAUGGGCCUGGAGCGAAUGGGCGCCAACAGCCUGGAACGUAUGGGCCCUGCCAUGGGCCCAGCAUUGGGCGCUGGUAUUGAGCGAAUGGGCCUGGCCAUGGGUGGAGCCGGCGGUGCUAGCUUUGACCGAGCCAUUGAGAUGGAGCGGGGCAACUUUGGAGGAAGCUUCGCAGGUUCCUUUGGCGGAGCUGGAGGCCAUGCACCUGGAGUAGCCAGGAAGGCCUGCCAGAUAUUUGUGAGAAAUCUCCCAUUUGAUUUUACAUGGAAGAUGCUAAAGGACAAAUUCAAUGAAUGUGGCCACGUGCUGUACGCCGACAUCAAGAUGGAGAACGGAAAGUCCAAGGGGUGCGGUGUGGUUAAGUUUGAGUCUCCAGAGGUGGCUGAGAGAGCCUGCCGGAUGAUGAAUGGCAUGAAGCUGAGUGGCCGAGAGAUUGAUGUUCGAAUUGAUAGAAAUGCUUAAGCAGUUGCCUUUUUUAAACAUCAAUACCAGACCUCUGAAUUUGUAUUUUUUCUUGUUAACCAUUUUAAUUUGUUGGCUGGAUGUAUAAAGAUGUUUAAAAAAUUCAGUUGCUUUUUGGGGUAAUUUGAAUUAAUUUUUUAAUGAUUGGGGUUCCAUUUGACUGUUUGCAUUGAGAUUGCAAUGUGCACAAUUUUUUUUGUAGUUGUGGCAUCUUGUUGACAUCAAAUAUGACUUUGAUAAUAAAUACCAGUUCCUGAAAGUG